AUGGCAGGAUACGAUUACGGCGGCAGCCCAGGCAGUGACUGGGGCCAUGGCCAUCCACCCGGUGGUAGUGAGCCCCCGUACCGGAUGGACCAAGAACAUUCCAAUCUCACGCCGGCUCUGCCCCGACACAAUGGCGGUCAUGGUAAUCAGGGGGGGAGACAGCCGGCCUCCCCCUCAUUGAGCGCUGAGAAUACCGACACCGAGUCGAGGCGCAGCGGGGAGAGGAACGGGUCGAGGCCACGGGGUUCUAGGUCGGCCAGUGGCCAGGUGCGCACUUGCAAGAAAUGUGGCGAGCCGUUAACGGGGCAGUUUGUGCGUGCACUGGAUGGGACAUUCCACUUGGACUGCUUCAAGUGUCGGGACUGUGGCCAGAUUGUAGCCUCGAAAUUCUUCCCAGCCGAUGAUGGAGAUGGCACAGGGCAGUACCCCCUCUGCGAGACCGACUACUUCCGCCGACUCGGGUUGCUAUGCCACCAAUGCAACGGCGCACUUCGGGGGUCUUACAUCACCGCCCUCGAGCGCAAGUAUCACGUCGACCACUUUACUUGUUCCCUGUGCCCGACCGUGUUUGGAGCCCAGGACAGCUACUACGAACACGAUGAUCAGGUCUACUGCCACUACCACUACUCCACCCAGUUUGCCCAACGCUGCAACGGUUGUCAGGCCUCCAUUCUUAAGCAGUUCGUCGAGAUCUUCCGAAACGGCCAGAACCAGCACUGGCACCCUGAAUGCUACAUGAUCCACAAGUUUUGGAAUGUCCGCCUCAACCCGCCCCAGGAUGUGCCCGCCCCAAUCCCAGAUGACCCAGCUGGCCGCGAACUUGUCCGCGAAGAGGAGGAGCGUAUGGAAGAGAAGGUUUACCGGAUAUGGAGCGUCCUGUCAACAUUCGAGGAGUCGUCGGCCGCUUGCAUAUCAGACAUGCUGCUGCAUGUAAGUAAUGGCGCAUAUAUCGACGGUGUCAUGGUCGCCAAGAGGUUUAUCUUCCAUGUCGACAUUCUCUUCCGGUCCGCCGAUAGGCUCGAUGGGUCCAUGGCCCAUCUCGAGAUGAACUGUAGGAAUGAGCCCUCUUUCGCUGCAGGUCUUGCUCAUUACCUCAAACUCCUAAUCCGGAUUUGCCUCCAAGGAGCGCUCCGCAUAGAGAAAGAGCGCAAGAACGCGGAGGGUCUCUACCACUUCUUGGGCGAUCUCAACGACUUGGAGACGCUCAAGGCGGACGACAACUCCACCACCACACUGCAGUUAACCUCUGGCAUGUCGAGACUCUCGGCCCAUGAUUCAGACCAGUGCGCGUCUUGCCGGAAACCGAUCGAGGACGAGUGUGCGAAGAUCGAGGAUAAGAGAUGGCACCUGGGAUGUGCCAACUGCUCGCGAUGUGGCAAGGAGCUUGGGCGAAACCUCCAGGAUGCGCACCUCAAUCCCUAUGAUGCCAAGAUCUUCUGCAGCAGCUGCGAACCCAACACGCCGCCGAAUGCGGCGCCGCUUGAGCAUGUUACCAAGCUGCAACAAUACGUCUUUUUGCUCCAGGUCGCGCUGGCCAGGCUCCUCGAGAUCCUUCGGGCUAGUGGCUCGAUCCCUAGUUUUUCGGAUGACCCGAAUGGGGAUGGUUCAGGCCCGACUGAAGGGCGAUCAGGACCACACGGGGGCCAGUAUCCUAGGCAUCACAGGGAGUCGUCUUAUGAGAGCGCUCUCAACGAUGUCAAGAGGUUAAAGAGCACCCGUCUGGACAAGCACCUGUCGUCGAGCUUUAGGAAAGCCCGCACAUCGCGAAUCCUGGACGGACCUGAAAGCAGUAGCGCACGCCCCGGGUCGGCCGGCGGCGGCCAAGGGGAGGGCGGCUUUAACAAGCACUUUUCCAUCGUCGAGGAAAGGGGGCCUAUCGACGAAGAGGACAUAAUGUUGCCCAAUCAGGAUGCGAUAACGCUGGAUGACAUCCCUCGGAUUAUCGCGGCGGAACAAGCGAGAGAGCAACAACGGCCCUACCCACCCCCAGGACAAGAGCUUUUCCGUUCGACAACAGGCGAGCCUCAGUUUGGCUCCGGUGAACCCGUGGGCGGCAACGGCCAUCAGCGCAGCCUCUCAGACGGCAAGGGGCCAGGGUCUCGCGCUCCUGGCGGACAGCCUGGUUUGCGCAGCCGGCGCUAUUUCUCUGAAUUAUCCGGGCUGGAAUACUUCAUUGUGAGGCAUCUUGCCGUCCUGACCAUGCACCCCAUGGUGGAAUCCGAGUUCACACUUGAGGAACUCCUUGGCUUCAUUGAAAGCAAAAAGCCAGCCAACUUCUGGAAGAACAUCGGCAAGGCUUUCAAGAACGAUGGUCGCAAGAACGUUAAGAAGAAGGGGGUUUUCGGCGUGCCCUUGGAGGUUAUCAUCGAGAGGGAUGGCGCAGAAUCCACAGACGGCGUCGGACCUGGCACCCUGCGGAUCCCCGCCGUUGUGGACGAUAUCAUCUCGUCCAUGAAACAGAUGGACCUCUCCGUGGAGGGUGUCUUCCGUAAGAACGGCAACAUCAAGAAGCUCGGCGAGCUCGUGGAGAAGAUCGACAAGGAGGAGCAGGUAGACUUCAGCUCAACCCAAGCCGUCCAAGUAGCCGCCCUGCUGAAGCGUUACCUCCGAGACCUACCGGACCCCUUGAUGACACAGAAGCUUUACCGGUUGUGGCUGGCUGCUGCCAAGAUCCAGGACGAGCAAAAGAUGCGGCGCUGUCUCCAUUUGACUUGCUGCUUACUCCCAAAACCCAACCGGGACUCCUUGGAGAUUCUAUUUUGUUUCCUGAAAUGGGUUGGGUCGUUUCACCAAGUCGAUGACGAGUCGGGGUCCAAAAUGGACAUCAAAAACCUGGCCACUGUCAUCGCGCCCAACGUCUUAUUCGACAGGAAUAAGCUGUCCAGCUUUGAUAACGAGCCCAUGUUUGCGAUUCAAGUGGUGGAGAUGUUGAUAGCAAACAUCGGGGAGAUGUGUUUGGUUCCCGAUGAUCUUGUCGACAUCCUGAGCGACCAGGGGUUGUUCAACUCCACCGGGGAGCUGACCAGCAAAGAAAUCCUCAAGAAGUUCUCUGACCGGGCCGCAAACAGGCUCGGCCCGCAACAGUAUGCCGAAGUCACCGAAAUCGUCGGCCGGCACGAAAUCCCCACUCGCCCACCGCCCAGGCGGAUAGAGACCGACCCGUCCCAGUGGCAGCAGGAGAGCAGUGCCCGCCCAGUUCAAGAGCCGAUGUCUUACGGCCCACCCCACGCGGCGACGCCGCCGCCGAAACGAGGGCCAUACGACGCGCCGCCGUACGGUCAGUUCGACCCUCAAGGGGGCCCAACGCCAGACGGCAGCGGCCGUGGCGGUAGCCAACUUCAACCGCAGCCACAACAACAGCAACCGCCGCCGCAGCAACAGUCACAACAGCAGCAAAGAGAGUGGCGCAACUCGGGGUGGGGGAGGCAGAAUAGCGGGUUGACGACCAGCAGCGUCUAG